CAUUCCUCGACGGUCUAUCCUGUCCUGACAGAUACAACUACAAAUAUUCGACCCAGUCCCGCGUUUCUUUUCCAACCCCAGACAAGAGACACAUACCAACGCAAAUGGGCCUUCCUGCCACUCCCCGCACCCUCGUGCCCAUCCUCGCCUUCCUCGCCUUCGCCCUCUUGCUCUGGAACACGGGCAACACACCAUCCACCAUGUCCUCCUCCUCCACAUCCUCCUCCAGGGACUUUGACCCGUCCACGGCGCUGUCCGUCUCCAUCAGCGGCAUAUCAUCAUCGUCACCACCCCGCGUCAAGCUGGCCGUCACAAACACCCACUCCACCCCAGUCACCCUCCUGCGCUGGAACACCCCCCUCGACCCCAUGGCCCUCCAGCUCGGCGUCCUCUCCCUCACCCCGCAAGGCGCCUCCAGCCCUCUCGAGCUUGCCACCAUUGCCCUCCGCCGCCUCAUGCCUCCCCCGGAGGACCAGUUCGUCACCAUCGGCCCCGGCGAGACCGCCACCAACGAGCUUGAGCUCAAGCCCCCCGCCGUCAACCCUCAGGAACUGGGGAUCGCGGGCAAGACCGUGCAGGUCCAGGCCAGCGGCGAGUGGGGGUACGUGUGGCCGCUGGGCGGCGACGUCGUGGUGAGCGAGUGGCGGGACAAGAUUGGUGGUGCCGACAGCGACGGGGCCUCGAGGGGCAGCUUCGUGUCGGACAAGCACGAGGUCAAGUUCUGAUUGAGCGGUUCGGACUUGUUUCCCCUCCUCCUUUUUCUUUUUUUUUUCAGAGGAGGGGAUGCUUGAGGCAAGUUUGAUAAUCUUUA